AACACUGGACGGCAGUGCAGUUGCAUAGUUGCACUCAGUUUGACUCAGUUGCACCGGUUGCAGUUGUCGAUGGACGUGAAAGACGUAGGACGUGGUAUAUGGGAUUGGCUCGAUUCGUCUCGGUCCGUUUCGGCUUCCGCCUCCGUUAUAUGACGAUACCAAUAUCAUCAGUGAUUCAGCAGCGGCGUCACACGCUUAAUAUCUGGCGUAAAAUCACGUAAAAAAAUCGAGAGAGAACGUGCUACAUCGAACUCGGCAGUCGGCGAGUCGGCGCACCCUUUGCUUCGCGUUCGCGUCGCGUGCGAGCAAAAAAGCCGUGAGUGGGUGUGGGAGGGAGGGAGGGAGAACGAAACGCGAUGGAGGCGCGACGCUGUCCGGUUUGACCGCUAGACGGCUUCCUCCGGCGCGGCGUAUUCUCGUUCUCCUCGAUUCGACAGACUGUCGGACUCGCUCCUUUGAUUCUCAGUAAUCUCGGUGUGUUUCGCGCGCGCCAUGUGCUGUACCGUUACCGCUCCGCGUGCGUCUCUACCCUGCAAAAUUGUCGUCGCGCGUAUCGCCGCGGUUCGAUAAGCGUUCGCGUAGCCGUCGCGCGUAGUCUGUUACUCCGUUCGGCCAGGAUCCCUCUCUCCUCCUCGUCCUCCUCCUCCUUUUCCUUUCCUCCCCUCUCCUUCCCUUUCCCUGAGUUAUGCGCUGCUCUCGUCGGUGCUCUCGAUGCUCCUCCAUGCUCCUCGUGUCUCCGUAGUGCUGGUGUAAACGACGUAAAGCUGCGUUAUUUCUUCGUUCUUUCCUUUCCCCGCCCUUGUAUGUUCGUCUGGUUCGUAAGCGGCGAGCCGUAAGGAGAGGUAACGCAAAGGGAAAAGAGAGAGAAAGAGAAAGAUAGUAAUAAGCAGUCGCAGGAAAAGGGAACAUAAAAACGACAAGUGUAUCGUGGUAUCGUUGAAACGGUGUUCUCGGAGUGAAGUGAGCUCCAACGAGCGAAAGAAACAACGAGAGGUAGCGCAAGUGGCGUAUCAAGAUGGCGCAUAAUUUGGCACCGAGCGUCAACUGCUCGCUCGACGACAUUGACCUGAACGCUCUGAAGGAACCUGCUGGGAUCUUUGAGUUGAUAGAAGUCGUCGGCAAUGGAACAUAUGGCCAAGUUUACAAAGGUCGGCACACCAAAACCGGUCAGCUGGCGGCCAUCAAGGUCAUGGAUGUCACGGAGGAUGAGGAGGAAGAAAUAAAAUUGGAAAUAAAUGUCCUCAAGCGGUACUCGAAUCAUAGGAAUAUAGCUACAUAUUACGGUGCCUUCGUAAAGAAGUCAUCACCCGGUAAAGACGAUCAAUUAUGGCUGGUUAUGGAAUAUUGCGGAGCUGGCUCUGUCACGGAUCUCGUUAAGUCAACUAAGGGCCAGAGCUUAAAGGAGGAGUGGAUAGCUUAUAUAUCGCGAGAAAUAUUGAGGGGACUUAGUUAUCUUCAUAGCAACAAAGUUAUCCACAGAGAUAUUAAGGGACAAAACGUUUUGUUGACUGACAAUGCGGAAGUCAAACUUGUUGAUUUUGGUGUUAGCGCACAGUUGGACAGAACAAUAGGUAGAAGAAACACGUUUAUCGGUACACCUUACUGGAUGGCUCCAGAAGUUAUUGCAUGUGACGAGAAUCCAGACGCUACUUACGACAAUAGAAGCGACCUUUGGUCGCUCGGAAUUACCGCUUUAGAAAUGGCUGAAUCACAACCUCCGCUCUGCGAUUUACAUCCCAUGAGAGCUUUGUUUUUGAUUCCUCGUAAUCCACCACCACGGCUCAAAUCGAAAAAAUGGGCCAAAAAGUUUCACGGAUUUAUCGAAACGGUACUGGUAAAGGAUUAUCAUCAAAGACCUUAUACAGAACAGCUUCUUAAACAUCCGUUUAUUCGGGACCAACCUACAGAAAGACAAGUCAGAAUACAGCUUAAAGAUCACAUUGAUCGUUGUAAAAAACGCAAACAGGAGAAAGAAAGAGAUGAUUAUCGAUAUAGUGGUAGCGAAAACGAGGAGGAUGAACCGGCAUUGGCAGGCGAACCGUCAUCUAUAGUUCAAGCACCUGGAGGUGAUACGUUACGCCGUAAUUUCCAACAGAUUCAGGAAGGUAGAACUCUGACGCAAGAUGUAUCUCCACAAGCGCCUGUCGCUAAAGAAAAACCAGGAAGUAGACCUCAAAGAGAAGUGCCGGAACCUGGACCACCCGCGAGACCCGCUAUACCGCACAGACUCAUAGUGGUGCCCGAUCCACAACCACCGUCUCGUCCAUUACCUCCGACACCCAGAGAUGAUCCUCGACAACCGCACAAAGUAUCUACACCGCCUUCUAAUCAUCAGACACCUGCUGGAGGAGGGGGAGGAUCCAGCGGGCAGCCUGCGCCUCAAAGAAACAGUGUCUUCAAGCCUAUGCUGCCGCCGAAGAAGCCAGAGGACAUGGAGAUACUGGCUGCUCAACUCAUCGAGCUUGGUGUGUCACAGGGCCCCGAGGCCCCGCCAAGGCCAAACAGGCAACAUAAGGGCCCUGCAGCCUCAUCUACAUCGAACUCGGUGCAGUCUGCAGGUGGUAACGAUCAGAACAACAAACAGAUACCGCAAUCUUCCAGUAUUCUCGAUCAAGCUCUGUCGAUUGAGAGUGACAGCGAUGAUGAUCUCGAGGAUGCUGGUGGGAAUAAUUUGAGAAACGAUGGUACUUUAUUGGCUAGUGACCCGCCUAAGCCGCUUCCCGAAUUUUCUCCUUUCAGACCGUCGUCGGAUUCAUCGUCGUCAUCUUCGCACAAUGCUCAAAACUCCCAUCACGAGGAUAAACCGAAAGGAGGAGCACCGAAUCGUCCGCUUCCACCAACCCCCGAUGAGGAAGAAUCGGGAGAUCGUACGCUAGUCAUGAAACGAAAACUUAGUCAGAUGUCAGACGAUCGUGCAACGGCUAGCGGCAAUCGGCGUUCAGAGAUAGAUGAGCAGCUCCUUCUGAAGGAGUGGGAUUUUACCCGCUUCUUUCAGGGUUUUAAUGAAAAGUUGGAUAAAAUGAAACAGGAGCAUCAACAAGAAGCAACUGGUCAAGCGAGCAAGUCUAGAUCCAACGAGGAUCAUUCAUCUUCGUCUAGCGAAAGAACGCUCAAGAGACAGGAGCAGUUAGCCCGAAGGAAACACGAGCAACAGCAUCAUCAAAAGCAACAGCAAUUGAAACCGAUUCACAGGAGGCAAGAGAGUGAUUCGAAACUGGGUAAUGCAUCGAGUGUCUUCGCACGUGCCUUUCGUCGUGAGAAUUCAGACUUCUUCCCGUCUGCAAGGCACUCGGCGUAUCUGCAGAAGUCGUCGGACUCCUCAAGAUCUAGUAUAUUCGCUAGCGGUAAUCGACGCGGAAGCGAGAUAAGCGUUGCCGGCAUUGUUGGUAAGAAAGGUGGCAGUGUCCUCAACUCCGGAGAGCCUGUCUUAACGGAUUUCUCGUUGUGCCGCGAGGGGCCUCAGAGGCCCAGGAGAGAAAAGACCGAGAGCGAGAUCGUCUUCGGUAGUAGGCAUGAGGCGAGGAGGUACGAUUUCGGACGCGAUAAAGACGAGAACGCAAGAAGACGCAGUUGUAGACCUUCGGAUGCUGCGGCAUCUGCCAUAGUCGACGAUGCAGGAACGAUUAAGUCCAUGGCCAGUACAACGGCCAGCGAGUACAGCCCCGUUGUCACUCAGAAUCGCGAGGGUGGCGACCGUUCGAGAGGCAGUGAUUUCCAGAGAUCGGACUCGUCUCCGGGUUCGCGUCCCAGCUCGGUCUUACCGGAUCUUUUGACUUCUUCGCCGGGUCAACGGCAGGACAAGUCAACUAGUGAGGAGUAUCGACAAGCGGUGAAAUCACCUCCGUUUGCGCUUCAACAGAAGCAGCGAUCUUUUCUGACUUUUGGAUUUGGAGCUGGUCCAGCGAGGAGAGAGUCCCACGUAAACGUUAAUGUGACUCCCACUAGCCACGAUUUAGCAUCGGACACACCCGAGAUACGCAAAUACAAGAAGCGUUUCAACAGCGAGAUCCUCUGUGCCGCGUUAUGGGGUGUAAAUCUGUUAAUUGGAACCGAGAAUGGCUUGAUGUUGUUGGACAGAAGUGGACAGGGUAAGGUUUACCAAUUGAUCAGUAGAAGACGUUUUCAACAAAUGGAGGUUCUCGAGGGUCAAAAUAUCUUGGUUACGAUCAGUGGUAAGAAAAAUAGAGUGCGCGUCUACUAUCUUUCUUGGUUGAAGAGCAAAAUUCUACGGACAGAUGGUCACAGUGAUCAAGUCGAACGACGUAACGGUUGGAUCAAUGUGGGCGAUCUGCAGGGCGCAGUGCACUUCAAAAUAGUGAAAUACGAAAGAAUAAAGUUCCUCGUAAUCGCAUUGAAAGAUUCCAUAGAGAUUUACGCCUGGGCGCCAAAGCCGUACCACAAAUUUAUGGCCUUCAAGUCUUUUGGCGAGCUUGCACACAGACCUCUACUGGUUGACCUUACAGUUGAGGAGAGUUCAAGAUUAAAGGUUAUCUAUGGUAGCGCUGAUGGAUUUCACGCGGUCGAUUUGGAUUCCGCCACAGUUUACGAUAUAUAUUUACCAAAACAUACCCAGGGUCCUAUUUGUCCGCACUGUAUAGUAGCGUUGCCAAACAGUAAUGGUAUGCAGUUGCUACUCUGCUACGAUAAUGAGGGCGUAUACGUAAAUACUUAUGGCAGAGUAUCAAAGACGAUGGUUCUUCAGUGGGGUGAGAUGCCUACGAGCGUCGCAUACAUUGGUACGGGACAAAUUAUGGGUUGGGGCAACAAGGCGAUUGAAAUUAGGAGUGUGGAGAGUGGUCAUCUCGAUGGUGUUUUCAUGCACAAGAAGGCUCAACGACUCAAGUUCCUCUGUGAACGUAAUGAUAAGGUAUUUUUCUCAUCGGCGAAGGGUGGUAGUUCGUGCCAGAUCUAUUUCAUGACUCUAAACAAACCGGGCAUGGCCAACUGGUGAUCCCGAAUGAGGCCAAAUUUGGCCCCAAGAUUAUUAUCCUCGCGUUUACCUCCGCCACACAAUCCUCCGCGUGUAUCGGGAUAUACAGUAUCGGCGCGCACACUCGCUCACCCUUCACUGCCAGGAUCUAGCGCCUUGGAGACCAGGAAGUGUGUACACCGUAUCCCGCAUCUUUAUCAGCAUCAGCAACAAGUACAGCAUUAUCAACGUCAACAUCAUCGUCAUUGUCCUCAUCAUUAUUCACGUAAUCUUUCGUACAACUACAAUUAUGACUACGAAGGAGCUGAAGAGUACGAUAAUAGGUUCCAACGAUGCACCCGGUUGCCGUUACGAAGCACAUCGGGGACGUUAACAUUCGUCAAUCUGCUUGUCAAGAAAUUUCUCUGUUUUUUCACUUGUUCGCCUUGCGGAUUGCGUAGUGCAGCCUAACGUGCGGCCGAACGCAGAGUGAAUUUUCUUUCUCCAACUCCUCCAUAAAAUAAGAGUGCACGAUGUAUUAUUGCAUGCUGGUAAAUCGUAUUAAUAGUAUUCUAUGUAUUUUUCUUUCUUUUUUUUCAAUAUAAAUUUAUCGCAUUAAUCACUACGAUAAGUCUGUACUUGUUUUGCGUUGGCAUGUAUACGUAAAGAUCUUAAUUCUCAAGGAAUCUUAAAUAUUAAAAAUGAAAUAAAAUGUGUUUUACCAUGUUUGGUGAAUAGUUAAUAAUUAAGAGUGUUUUAUACGGAAGAUGAUUUAGAAUAACGUAAUAGUAUGAACUUGAUUUGUGCAGAUUUUUCUAAAAAAUUGUGAGUGGAUAGUUGUAAGAACAGUGUUGACGAAUUACCAGCUCGCAUAGCCAAUCGGUUGUUGCCGUGCAACUGUUUUGUAAGGAAACCCGUGCAAUAUCGAUGGAUCGGUCUGUACAAAAAAGGCCCUAUUCUAAGAGACUUCUGAAAUUAAAGAUAUUCUCCGAUAAUGAAUUAUGAGUGUCGCAUAAAGAUUCGGAGAUCUCGAGUAAAGAAAGAAAGAAAAGAAAAAAGACAGACGGAAAAAGGAAGCUCGUAUAGGACUUGAAAUCGUGAUUCUUUUCUUGUCGAAGUUUGCUAAUCUUUUAGUGAAAAGUUCUGGUGUAGUUUUAACGAAAUGUGUAGCAGCGCUCUAGUAAAAAGCGGAUUUACGAUGGCUGGCUAUAUGGGCUGGCUCCAUGACUAAUGGAGAUGACAUCGUUAUAUAUAACGCGAUAUCAUGAUAAAUUUAGAAUUAAGUGAGAGUAAUUACUAACGUUAAUUAAUUGUCUAGUUAUAGCAGCUGGGGUUCUUUCCGCCAGCUCGUGCGAACAAAAGCAUGACGACGAUGACGAUGACGCGAAAUGAAAUAAUGUGGGUAGACAUUUGACGGACGAGUCGCAUUUUUACAAACAAUAGAUCAAUUGUAUCGAAAGAAUUUUGUGACGCAUAGUGUCGCGGGACAUGAAUAGCCAAGUUUCUAAUCUUUUUCUUUUCUAUAUUUUCAAAUUUCCAGUAUUUUCUUUUUUUUAUAUUUUUGACACACGCACUCCUCUGUACCGCGUAUUACGAAAAACACAUUCAUCGUGAUGCCGUUUAUCGACCAACAACAUGGGCGAUAUGCAAGUCUUCAGCUUUUGUAACUUAGAAAGAAAUUUGUAACUUAGAAAGACAACGAGCGCUAAAAGGGAAUAUCCUGCCCUUUCGCUUUCCUGCUCGUUCCUUGAUUGCGAAUCGCCGUUUCGCCUCCGAGAAGCAUUAUUACGGUCUAAUCUCAUAUAAUCUCAAAGAUACUUUCUCUUAGGUUUGAAAGAGAAUCCUUCAUAUAAUCAUUAAAUCGCUAUUUUAUCGAUGUCGGAUUAUCCUAGGCCGAUUUAAGCUGGCUUACAGCGUUAAUGAUGGGAAGAAAGAGUAAAUUCCCAAUUAUACGCGACUUGUUCGUUCACGUGGUCUAAUGCAGUUUAUGAACGUGCACGCAAUCAGUAUACGUAAUGUUCGCGCAGGGAUUUUAUCAAUAUCGGAUCGAGUAACGCUAGAAAUUGUAGCAGAAAUGUAUUUAAUUGAUAUUACCAACAUGACAAGUGUGACAAGAACAUCAAGAUUAUCCGAUCAGACGUUUUCUCCGUGCGACUGAGGAGGAUCAGUGUUCGGGCGAGAACGAGGCUAUGUGCACGUGUGCAUGGCGUCAUAGCGAGAGUAAGCAAAUGUUGCGAUAUACCAAUGUACUCUAACAAUGUCUCUUUUCGUCAAGUUGACAUAUCUUUGUUCGUCGCGCGCAUUAAAGCGAGUGACUAAAACGAUCGAUCUUGUCGUCGAUCGGAGUUUACAUCUUUUUACGCAAAGCAUCAUAUAAUAUGACGCGACUUGCAACACGUAAGCUCGACAGUAUUUCUAGGUCCGAGCGAAAUUAGAUCACGUGAGACAUUUGUACAUAUAUUUAUGUAUUUGUAAAUAAAUAAAUAUAUGACAUGAUGCCCCACGCGACACACACACGGAGAGAUACAUUUUACUAUGGUGUAAUUAGACAAUUAAUGUAUGUUGUCUAACUCCAUCAUGUGCAUUCUACGUCGAUCGAUUAGCGACGUCUCGAGUGUCGUCGAGACGCGAAUGUCUUAUAGGUCGUCAGUUGAUAACGUAAAAUCUUGUUCGUGGCGAGACAUUUUUUAUACCGUUAACGAAAAGGCACAGGAAGGGGCAGAGCUCCGCAUAGUGCUACGAAAGACUGCUUUUUAAAUGGCGGAAGCUUUUUAUCGCGCAAAGACAGAAUGAGUGGGACAUACACAGAAUAAAAAUGGAAGGAAAAGAGGGAGAGAAUGUAAAGAGAGAAAAAGUGAGUGAGUAUGAGCUUUUGCGUGUGCAUGUGCGUGCGUGCGAGAAAGAGAGGGAGGGAGGGAAGGGGGAAAGAGAAAGAGAGAGAGAAAGAAAGAGCACUUUCAGGCGGUUAUGUUCGAUUGGCAGGAAUUUGAAUAUAAUAUUAUGAUAAAGUAAUGUUAUUAAUUAUACCUUGAGCUAAACCUGCGAACUAAUUUUGUACGAAACAACUUUUCCCUCUUUCUUUGCAUCUUUUUCUUCACACUCGACUUCUCUACCUUUUAAUCUUAAGUUUCCACUGCGUUCACUACCUUAUCUUCUUUCUCUUACGCAUUGUCUCCCAAAGAUGGUAGUGAUUUUUUACAGUAUAGUAAUUAUUAUAUCGCAGUUUAUUGAUUGUAUUAUUAUGAUUAUUACUUUUAGAUUUUUAUGAAAAAAAGUCACGAUCAUUAGAAGCGAUAUAUUAUGAUUACGACGCGAUUAUUAUUAUUAUUUUUAUUACUAUUCACACACUACUGCUAAGAUCAAAUAUACGGACAUUCGUAAUUUCA